AUGUCACAUAGCAAAAGAAAUACGACUCGCCCGGUCUUCACCUCGUACGAAAGAGAGCAGGCCAAAUCGAAUUGGAGCUCCAAAUCCGCCCAGCUCAGCCGAGACUCAUUUCUGCCCUUUGGAUUCUGCAGCCUCUGCCUGGAAAACGCCCGAGAGCCAGUCGCGUGCCCACGAGGGGACAUUUUCUGCCGCGAAUGUGCCCUGGAGAACCUCUUGGCGCAGAAGAAGGAGCUCAAGCGGGCGGAAAAGGCUCGCCAGAAUGCAGAGAAGGAGGCUGCGAGGAUAAGAGCCAUUGGCGAUGACGAGGAGCGCGAGCGAGCCAUUCGCGAUUUUGAGCUGACCCAGGCUGGGCUGACAGGCAACUCGGGCAAGCCAAGUUCGAGUACUGCAGCGGAGAAUGAAAAGGAAGAGGCCAGUGUUCGCGCCGGGUCUAAGAGAAAGUUUGCGCUUGAUGCGGAUGAGCUUGACCGGAUUGCAGAAAACGACAGAGCAAAAGCCCGGAAGGCAAUUGAUGAUGAAAAGGCAGCCAAACCAUCGCUUCCUUCAUUCUGGACACCCUCACUCACUCCGGAUGUGCAAAACAGCGGCUUGGCCCCCGUCGCAAAGAAGGCCAAAACGAUGCCCAUCUGUCCUGCCUCUGCGGAGCAUGACGCCCACUCCUUUUCUCUCCAGAAGCUGUUGAAAAUCGAGUUUAAUGAAACCACAGACUCCGCCACCAAGGAAUCGCUCAGAACCUGCCCCUCAUGCCUCAAGACCCUUUCCAACGCGUCCACUCCAAUCAUGGCGGAGAAAUGUGGCCACGUCCUUUGCUUCAGCUGCGUCAAGCAGUUUCUGCUUCCUUCGGAGAAACUGCAAGCCCAAGAAGAAGAAGAACGCAUUGCAUGCUUUGUUUGCAGCUCCCCAGUCGCCGUCGUCACCAAGCCCACAAAGAUUUCGAGCCCAAAGGACGCUCUGCCGACAGGACUAAUCAAGUUGAAGUCAGAAGGAACCGGCUUCUCUGCUCGCGGCUCGCGUACCGUGGAAAAAUCGAGCGUUGCUUUUCAAUGCUAA